AUGUUUGUUGUCGCUCUGAUACUGUCAUUGGUCUGCCUUUCCGUGCUGCAGCCAAAGGAAUCUGAUGAGAGAAUUCAUUCAUGCGCCGAACUUUUGGAUCGCGGAAACUCGAACUGCACUGUCCCAAAAGCUGGUUUGCGGUGGUACUAUGACAGUGAAUUAGACGAUUGCUUCGAGUACUACUUUGAGGGUUGCGACGGAGGAAAUAACACCUUCUUUGACUACAGAUCAUGUCGGCGGACCUGCAUACCGGCUGACAGAAGUAGAUGUGGUGGAAAUGCGAAGGCUACUAGUACAUGCGAGAGACUCAAUACCACAUGUCCAGAAGGAAGUGAAUGUAAUAGGGUAAUCAUUACCCUUCGUAACCAACGCGCAUCCUGCACCCAGCUCGAGGGUCAAUAUGCUUUCGUUAUACUUAGCGUUCUUGGUUAUAUAAAGAUCAAAUGUCCAAAGUACAAGGAACGAGUAAACAAGUACAUCGAAGAUUUCCGAACUACGAUUCCUGUUGCACAGUCUUGA